AUGCAGCAUCAUUUGGAUCUACAGGCUGAGGAAGUGGAAGACACGGUACAGACUUUGAAAGAUAACACCUACGUUGACAAUAUAAUGCAAAUCGGAAGCGAUGUAUCAGAAUUAGAAAAGUUCAAAGUCGAGGCUACAGAAAUCUUAGAAGGUGCUAAAUUACCACUUCACAAGUGGGAAUCCAACGUAGAAUCGUUAGAAAGUGAAGACAUGCCAAAUCCUUCAAAAAUUCUUGGACUUGCAUGGGACAAGAAAGAAGACGAGUUGUACAUUUCAGCACCAGAAUAUGCUGAAGGAGCAAAAGUUACGAAGACGUCUAUUGUGAGUCACCUCGGAAAAGUUUAUGACCCUUUAGGCAUAGUAUCACCCACAAUGGCAGAAGGUAAAAGAAUUUAUCGUGAAGCCUGCGAUGAGACAAAGAGUUGGGACGCGGAGAUUUCAAAGCCCUUAGAACAAGGCUGGUUAAGGUGA